AUGCCAUACGAUCAUACCUCUCCGUACUCCCACCGCGGACAUGAGAGCCAGAUGCACUCGUACAACCACACGGCCUAUGAUACCAGUGGUGGCUCACUCUAUGGACCGCUCUCCGGAGACCUAAACCAUCAGCCCUACAGUACCCCUGACACAUCACCGCCGACGCCCUCCCGUGCGUCUGAUGUGCUAACAACCCGAAGCGGACUCAACGUUCACAAAGGGCCUUCUAUCAGCAAGCCUCUGGCAACCCGCACUGGCCGCGUUGAGAAAUCAACCCCUAGGAAGAAAAAGGAGCGUGCCAAAUCGUCCAAGAAGGUUGACGGGCUCCAAAAGCCACUGAGCGAGCUGGCGAGAGAGCAGCCUCAAGUGCCCGUGGCUGACAUCGAGGCCUACGUCCAGCGAUCGGCGGAAACACGAUUGAAAGAGGUGGAAGAGAGCAAGACGCCCGGUAGGAUCAAACGGCCCAUGAAUGCAUUCAUGCUGUAUCGCAAGGCGUACCAGAACUUGGCCAAGAGUCUUUGCACGCAAAAUAACCACCAAGUCGUAUCUCAGGUCUGCGGUAGCGGCUGGCCCUUGGAGCCUGAACACGUCCGCGAUCAAUUCAACGAGUGGGCUAAGAUGGAGCGAGCUAAUCACCAGAAAGCCCACCCGGGCUACAAGUUCACACCAUCAAAACCGAGGCCCAAGGCAAGGGACGGAGAGGGAGAUUCCGAGGAGGGUGAUUUGGAAGAUCUCGAAUGGGGUGCCAGCCGAGCAAGCUCGAGAAGCAGACAGAUCAGGAAGCCGGGAAACGGUCGCAACGAUGCGCCGGCAUCAAUCUUCCACAACUAUCCCCCGCUUUCAGGCAGCCCGAUGGGUCUUGGAGUGCAGACUCAGUCCAUGUAUCACUACAGCAACCCUGGCAAGCCUCUGCCAGCACCGUACAGCCAGACGGGCCUUGGUGGGCAGUACUACCAGCAGAGCGUUCAUCAGCGACAAGACGCCACCGGUUUCGUCGAGGACGUUCUUAUCAGAAAGACGCCAUCUCCGGCAAUGGGCUACUCCGCACCACCCAUGGAUGGCCGCUUCGACGGUAUGAGCCAGUACGGACCCAUGUCCCACCACGACGGCCUCGAGACCAUGAUUGAUCCGGGUUUGAUGGGCCAUGGAGGUCAUCCAUAUGGUGAUCCGUAUGGGGAUCCCAUGCUGGAGCCUAGAUGGACGAACCCGCUUGGCUUCGGCGACGGCAGACAGGACCUGCUCGAUGGUCUGUCAGGUUAUGACGAGAAUCUCAUGCAUGAUCCGCAGCUUCAGAUCCUGCGGGGGCAAGAGAGCAGCUGGAGGGUGGAGGAGCUUGAAGGAAGCCACUUCAACAACUGGAUAGACCAGCCAGAGAAGCUUUCGCUUGACGCCAUACACAUCACGACGCAUGAAGAUACUAUGACGUGGAUUUCCCGCUCUAUUGCUGCCUUUGGGCUUGUGUUGCUGGGUCACGCUUGCUAUUCAGCCCAGGAGCAUACGGCACUACAAUCAUUCCGAGCCGUAUCGCCUUUGUCUUCGUCACCUGAUUCAGCCACGACCUCGCUACCCGCAGACAUCACGAUCGAAACGGCAGUCGCGACCAUUAUCGUUGUACUGGGACUUGUGCUGGGUGCCCCGAACCUUCGACCGAUUCAAUGGCGCGUCUGGGCUGGCAAAAUCGAGAGGGAGGGUGAGGCAGGGUUCCUCAGUGGCAGCGGUGAGGUUGAGAAAGAUUACUUGGGCAACCCCUUUCGAAUUCUUGAGAGCCGGCCGGGCUUCGUCGAUAUCAGGAAACAGAAGGGCGACUUCGCCAAUUGGGCUAAAGACGACAAGAAGACCCAAGCAACCACUGCCUCGUCAUGA